AUGGAGGACUGCAAGCCGUGCUCAACGCCCAUCGAGAACCGCCUGAAGCUGCCGAAAGGGAACGAACAGAAUCGAACCGCGCAGCCGUUCAGGGAACUAGUUGGUUGCUUGUCAUACGCAGCCCUAACCACUAGACCGGAUCUGACAGCGGUAGUGAACUUCUAUAGCCAGUUGCAGAGCUUCCCCAGCGAUGAGCGCUGGACUCAUCUGAAAAGGAUACUGCGAUACGUCAAGGGAUCGCUCGGUUUCGGACUGGUCUACCGUGCGGAUAAAGCAGCACCGCUGCUGGAGUUCUUUUCGGAUGCCGACUGGGCCAACGACUCCUCUGAUCGUCGUUCCGUGUGCGGUGGUGUGUUUAAGGUGUUCGGAAAUACAGUCAGCUGGCUCACCAAGCCAAGCAACAAACCGUCGCUCUCUCGUCGACCGAGGCAGAGCUGA